AUGGUUUACAAAUUUGAGGCUGUACCUUGGGGUUUAAAAACUGUUUGGUAUUUUUAAGAACUCAAAGAUUCAGUGCCCUAAAUUCUUACUAUUGUUAAUAAGAAGAAAUUUGAUGCAAUAAUUAUGCCAAUAUUCCCAUCUAAUAUUGAAAGAGAAGGAAAUAUUAAUGAUUUUAUCAAGCAUUCAUAUUUAAAAUCAGAAUUAGAAGUUAAAUCAGAUGACAUCUAGAAAUUACACUUUCUAAUCUCCAAUCUCAGUUUAAGUGAUUAAAAUAAAGAGUAAAGAAAAAAGAAUAGAGAGAUAUUGAAAUAAGAAAUAUAAUUUGCAGCAUAUUUGGGUGUACCAUCAAUUAUUAUAAAUUCAAAUAGUGAUCCAAAUAAAUUGGCUAAAUUCAUAAGAAAAGUAUAAUAUCUUUAUAAAUUUAGAUGUCUAUUAAAUAUUUUAUUGAUUUUAAUACAUUUGUUUUGGAUGUUGACAUCACAAAAGAUUGGAAUAAAUAUAAUUAAAUUAGAUAAGAAUUAUAAUUCAAUAUUCCAAUACUUCUUAGAUUAAAGAAAGAGAUGACAACAAAGGUAAUAGUUAUAAUUAUUAAAUAUAUAGAAUGAAUAAAGAAAAUGGUUAUCUGAAAAUAUAAGAUUUGUGCAUUUGAAUCAAGAACUCUUUUCAAUGAAUGAUUAAGGAGCUCCAAAAUUAGAUGAUGUCUAAAAUUAAUUUUUGACUUCAUAUUUUCCAUUUGAAAAUUAUAUUUCAAUAUCUGCAAAAUCUCCUUAGAUAGAUUUAGCUGAUCAUAGAUAAUAUAUGAUUCAUUUAUUCAAAAAUUAAUAACCCUUAUCAGAAUAAGCUAAUUUAGCAUCAGAAUUUUUUGAUGAAUUAUAAAUUCCUCUUUAACCUUAUAAAGAUAAUUUGAAUUCAGGAACAUAUGAGGUUUUUGAAUAAGAUAAAAUAAAAUAUGAUUUAUAUGAAGAUGCAUGUAGAAAAUACUUAAAAAAUGUAAAGAAAACUGAAAUCAAUAUUUUAAUGGCAGGUGCUGGUAGAGGAGGUAUUUUAGAGAGAGUGAUUUUUGCUGCUUAAGGUGCAAAAUGUAAAACAAAAAUAGUGGCAUUAGAAAAGAAUCCAUAUGCAUAUAUGACAUUAAUGUUUUAAAAAAAAAGAUAAAAAUAAUGGAAAGAUGUUGAAAUAAUUUUGGAUGAUUUAAAAUCUUGGUAAACAGAAUUAAAAUUUGAUUUAAUUGUUUCUGAAUUAUUGGGUAGUUUUGGAGAUAAUGAAUUAUCACCUGAAUGUUUAUUAUGGGCUUAAAAGUUUUUAUAACCUGAUGCUGUAAGUAUUCCUUGUGAUUCUGUAUCUUAUUGUGUUCCAGUAAGUUGUCCCUAAUUGCAUGCAAAAGUUAAGAAAAGUUAUGGAUAUGAUUCUAGUUAUGUAGUUCAUUUUUAGAAAUAUUACACAAUACAUGAUAUUUAAAAAUGUAUGUAAUUUAAACAUCCAGAUUUUAAUAAUGAAAAUCAAUUAGCAUAAGAAUAAGUAUUAAUAUUUAAUUUAUUAUAAAUAGAACUUAAUUUUUGAAUGUAAAUAAGAUUUAUUAAUAAAUGGAAUGGCUGGUUAUUUCACUUCGAAAUUAUAUGAAGAGAUUGAACUAAGUACACAUCCAAAUAAUAGUACUCCAGAUAUGUACUCUUGGUUUCCUAUUUAUUUUCCUUUUGAAGUAUUUUAAUUAAUUUAAUUAGAAACCUGUAAAUAUUAUAAAGAAAUAAAAAUUGAAAUUCACAAUUAAGAGAGUAAAUAAUGAAGAGGGAGUUUGGUAUGAAUGGUUUAACUAAGUGUUAAGUGAAGAUGAUUAAAUAUUGGAUAGUAGUAGAAUUCAUAAUGAAAAUGGAAAAAAAUAAAUAAUUGAAAUAAAGUGA